AUGGCCGGCGAGACGGUGGCCGGGUCGCACGUGCGGACCAUCGACGGGUACGCCGAAACCAAGGAGGCCCUCGGCGUCGGCGGCAGCGUCGAGUCCGAUCUGUUCCGCGUCGGAGGGCACAGCUGGUGCAUUCAGUGCUACCCGUGCGGCGAGGACGAGGAGGUCGCCGGCUGGGUGUCCGUCUACCUCUGCCUCGCCCUCGACCGCCAUGGCGCCGAGCACGACGAGGCGGUGGAGGCGAGGUUCCAGUUCGUUCUGCUUGACCGUGCAGGGAAGGCAGUUCAUACCGCUCCAAUUAGCGUCGUACACACCUUCUCGCGCACAGACGACUCGUGGGGCGCCGGCAAGUUCAUCAGGAUCACGGAGUUGGCGUCCACUGCUAGAAAACAGGGCAUUCGUCCCUGCACGUGCACGUUACACUUAGCGUCCAUCGCCAAUCCCCACCCAGACGAGAUCGAUCCCGGUGCCCUCAGGAGCUCCGCUGCUGCCCCGUCCGGCCCCCUCCGCCCGCGUCACCCGAGCUCCUCCACCGCCAUCCUCCGUGCCGCCCUCCUCUGCGCGGCCCUCUACCGGUCCCGGCGGGCACGUGCCGCCCCCUCCGGCGCACCCCCACGCGCGCCGCCGCACAUCGUCCUCCCCUCCGGUGCUGGCCUCCCUCCCCCACGGAUUCCCCCGCAUUGCCCGAGCUCCGGAACGCCGCUACUCCUCCAUCCACGCCUCCGCCCUCCGUCCCCGCCACCGGCCUCCGCCGUCCCUGCCGCCGCGGGCCCUCCGUCCCCGCCGCCGCCGCGCCCUUCCAUCGACGGAGCUGUCUUCCUCCGCGCGCAUGCCGCGUCGUCCUCGGCGCCCUCGUCCUCGGCGCCCGCCGCGUCCAGCUGCCCCGGCUCGCACCGCCCCCGCUGCGUCCCUCCAUCGCUGCCGCACCCGCGCCACCGCCUUGCCGACGUGAGCCCUCGGGCUGACAUCAGCACGACUCCGUGCUGA